CGCCCCUCCUGUGCGCGCUGGCCGCCCUCAGCCUGCCGCUGCUGCUGGCUGCCGAGCCCCGCGCCAAAAGUUGCUACGAAGUGCGGAGGCUCUACGCCGCCAAAGGCUUCAGCCAGAGCGAGGCGCCCAGCCACGAGAUCAGCGGUGACCACUUGAAAGUCUGCUCACAAGGCUACACAUGCUGCUCUCAAGAAAUGGAGGAGAAGUACAGUCAGCAGAGUAAACAUGACUUCAGAAAUGCUGUCGUAGAGCUUAGCAAUCACCUACAAAACAUGUUUAGUUCCCGAUACAAGAAGUUUGAUGAGUUCUUCAAAGAGCUCCUGGAGAACGCUGAGAAGUCUCUGAAUGACAUGUUUGUGCGGACGUACGGCCGACUGUACAUGCAGAACUCGGAGCUCUUCAAGGACCUCUUUGUGGAGCUGAAGCGCUACUACGUGGGCGGCAACGUCAACCUGGAGGAGAUGCUCAACGAGUUCUGGGCGCGCCUGCUGGAGCGCAUGUUCCGGCUGGUCAACCCCCAGUACCACUUCACGGACGAGUACCUGGAGUGUGUCAGCAAGUACACGGAGCAGCUGAAGCCCUUCGGGGAUGUGCCGCGCAAGCUCAAGCUGCAAGUGACGCGAGCCUUCGUGGCCGCCCGCACCUUCGCGCAGGGCCUGGCCGUCGCCAGGGAUGUCAUCAGCAAAGUGUCUGCGGUAAACCCCACGCCGCAGGGUACGCGAGCGCUGCUGAAAAUGAUGUACUGCCCACACUGCCGAGGUCUGGUGUCAGUAAAGCCCUGCUACAACUACUGCUUUAACGUCAUGAGAGGCUGCUUGGCCAAUCAAGGGGACUUGGAUGCCGAGUGGAAUAUCUUUAUGGAUUCAAUGCUGCUGGUAGCAGAGAGGCUGGAGGGACCUUUCAACAUUGAGUCUGUCAUGGACCCCAUUGAUGUGAAAAUUUCAGAUGCGAUCAUGAACAUGCAGGAGAACAGCAUGCAGGUGUCUCAGAAGGUUUUCCAGGGAUGUGGCCAGCCAAAAACACUUUCCCAAGGCCGGACUGCUCGCUCUGUCUCUGAAAGUAGUUUCAGUGCUCGUUUCAGACCCUACAACCCAGAGGAACGACCAACAACAGCUGCUGGCACGAGCUUGGACCGACUGGUUACUGAUGUGAAAGAGAAGCUGAAACAAGCCAAAAAAUUUUGGUCAUCUCUUCCUGGCAACAUUUGCAAUGAUGAAAAGAUGUCUGUAGGCACUGUCAAUGAGAACGAGUGCUGGAAUGGGAGCGCCAAGAGCAGGUAUGACUUUGCAGUGACUGGAAAUGGCUUAGCAAGUCAAGUGAAUAACCCAGAGGUUGAAGUUGACAUUACCAAACCAGACAUGGUGAUUCGCCGGCAAAUCAUGGCUCUGCGGGUGAUGACCAACAAGCUGAAGAAUGCCUACAGUGGGAAUGAUGUCGACUUCAUUGACAUAAGUGAGGAGAGCAGCGGGGAGGAGAGCGGCAGCGGCUGUGAGCUCCAGCAGUGCUCCCCGGAGUUCGAGUUCAACGCCACCGAGGUCACUGGGAACUCCAACAAGAGUGACAAGACCGUGAACACUUCUGCUGCCACCAGAAGCGGUCUAUCACAAGCAGCCUUGCUCCUUAGCAUUUUGUUCUUGGCCAUGCAAAGACAAUGGAGAUAAUUGUGCAGCAUAGGGGGAGGGGAAAAGACUUUUAUUAUCAGAGGUAGAAGGCACCUGCUUUCACUUUUAUACCAUCUAGAGACUUUGCUUUUUAAGUUAAUGGACAACAGUGUACAGUUUUUACUAUGUUGCCACUGGUUUUAAAGAUACUGAUUGUUUUUUUCCCUUGCUAUCCUGGGAGUAACAGGAACGGGAAGUACCAGUCUAUCCCAUUCACCAAGAGUCCAUGUUAGAGGUGGAUAACAAAAAUGUAUAUACAAGCCUGUAGUUAGCUCUGCAUUUGUGUCUUUAUCACUUCUUUUUUGUUUUGUUUUGGUUUUUUCUUUUACUGUAUUUCUUAUGAAAACAAAAACCCCAGGGUCUUCUCUUGGCCUGUAACAAGUAUGUGUUUCUGAAAUGAGAAAUAUCUGUACAGAAGCAGGUUUUAUUUAUCAUGUUAUCUUAUGAGGAAAAAAUAAUUGCCCAACAAGCAGAAAAUGUUUCAUGUAGUUAACUUCCCAUUUAUCCACAUUAUGUUAGUUGCCUUAUUUGGAGAGAAGUGGAAGUCAUUUGUCUUCAUUAUGCGGUAAAAACAGAAGGUGAAGGC